GUGAAAUUUUAUGCAAGUUUUAAACUGAUAUCACAACCAUGGUGUAAAUAUUCUUGACACCAUGAUCACAACGACAUAUCUUUACGACGAGGACAACACGAAGUUAGUUCUGAACCAUGUGUCAGGCGUAUAUUAAUCAGAUUUUUAAAAUGUAAUGAAACUUCGAUUCCAACAUAUUAUUUUGAAUAUUUUAAUAUUUAUUAGACCAUUUAUGCAGAAUAAUACUGAUGCAAUUGUGCAUUGUACAUAUAUACAAUUACGAUAAGAAAAGGGAUUAAAGCAAUAUGGAGAUUGUUGAGUCUUGCUCAAAGAGGAAAGCCCCAUCAUGUACCAAAACGACAUGUCCAUGCAAGACAAAAUACAAAAGAUACGUACAGCCUCCACGUGCAAAAUCCUAUGCACCGGAGCACUUAUACAAGGUACCGUCGACGCAAUUUGAAGACAGAACGACAUAUCACUUGUCUUAUCUAAAUGUGGAUCGUGAAACGGCGCGUUGCGCUCGAUUGCAACCAAUCCGGCCUAUGCACAGCCUUCAGAAAAGUACUGGCAAGUUUUUCGAUGAAACAACAAGUAAAUUAUCCUACAAACCUGUAUGGCAAACCGUUAAAGCAGAACCUAUCAUGCCGAAACGUAGACUGACGACGACUACAGACGCGAUGGAAACUGUGACGACAGUCCGCCACGAUUACGGGGCAAAAUAUAUAGACAGGCCAGAAAUGAUUAUACCCUGUGGAAAUAUUCGUACAAGUUUAGCUCCAUUAGACGACAAAACGAUGGCAAGAAUGUCCUACGUUCCUCCAGGGCCUAUUGAACCUGUAAUUAGUUUUAAACCGAUAUUAGACUACCGUCCAUCAAGCCAGCCAAUUCCUAAAGAGACGACACAAAAAUUGAGCUAUCAGCCGUUUGUCGUCGUUAAGAAAGAAUUACAUCCUUGGGCGCAGAAACCGAUGUACAAGCCACCGGAAAUCACGAUGUGCGACAAGACCACUUAUUCCGAAAGCUAUAUGGAGAAUGCGGGAACUAGGCAGAAACCUUUCCUUCCCGUCGCGGCAUACGUAUUUCCUUACGGCGCAAAAUUUGUUGAUAAAACCAUCUAUAAGGAGAGCUAUCUACCAGGUAUCGUUGAGCGCAUGGUGCCGUUUGUUCCCUGCGGCAAUAUCUCUAUCUCCGAUGCAAAAAUGUCCGCCGAUACGACUAGCAAGCUAAGUUAUCAACGAGUCUGGACCGAGAAGCGAAAACCGUGUCUGCCGCUCACUAAGACCAUGUUGGCAACCGCUAAAAUGCAAUCGGAUACAACAACUCGUUGUGAAUACGUAGCGAAAACGACGUUACGUCCGGACCUUAUCGUCCCCUCUGAUAAUAUCCGCACAGUCGAUGUGCCGUUGCAGGGAGAGACGAUUACCGCAUUAUCUUAUGUAAAACCCGACAUGAUAAAACCUGUUCGCAGUUACAAACCCGUUAUGGAAUAUUAUAGGCCAGAAGUUAAAAUCGACUGCGAGACAAUAAAUAAAUUAUCAUACCAAACGUGGACGCCGAAACCUAAAGAGGAACUUCCAUGGGCUCGAAAGGGCAAAUAUCAAACUCCAGAACAGCCGAUGGUCAGCGACACGAUCUAUCACAUGAGUUAUCCCAUGCCAGGUCAUUAUGUCGAGGACAAUUCGUUCACAGAAUGUCCUUGUCCAAUCGACAAACAAAAUGAUGUUUCGUCUACCUCGACAGCAGCAUGUUAACUGUUUUUAGAUUGAAAUCAUCUACUGUGUCUAUCUAUGAAGAUAAAUUGCAAUCUAUUUUAUUAGAUAUUAUUUUAAACUCAUAAUAAGUGAUAUUCCCUAUUU